AUGCUUUCUUCACGAUCAUCAACCCCAGAUUUCCCUAAUGGCCACGACACAACAAAUACUAGUACUACAUCGAGUCCCCCUCCCGACUCGAACAUCGACCAUGCCCAUUCAAUCGCCUACUGGAGCGACGUCCCCGCGACGGUAGACGGCAUGCUCGGCGGAUUCCCACAAGUAUCACGCAUAGACCUACAAGGGUCCAAGUCAUUUCUCACCAGAACGAAACGCCUUCUUUCGAUCCCCUCGGACAAGAACCUCAAGCUUCCUCGCGGGGUAGACUGCGGCGCGGGCAUCGGGCGCGUCACGGAUGGGUUUCUAUGCGAGGUCUGCGAUGUCGUGGAUGCCGUUGAGCCGGUGGAGAAGUUUUCGCGUGUGCUGCGGAAAGAUCGAGGUGGAGAAGGUGCGGUGAAAGGGGAGGUGUAUACGACUGGGUUGGAGAGUUGGUGUCCGGAGCACGAUUAUGAUCUUGUCUGGGUGCAGUGGUGUGCGGGACACUUGACGGAUGAGCAGCUGUUGAAAUUUAUAGAGCGAUGUCGGAGGAGUCUGUCGACAAAUGGGGUUAUGAUUGUGAAGGAGAAUACGACGACGGAGGUUCAGGAGGGGGAUGUCUAUGAUGAGGAGGAUAGUAGUGUGACGAGGUCGCAUGAGAAAUUUUUGGAGUUGUUUGAGGAGGCGAACAUGCGGGUCGUGUCGACGGAGCUGCAGUUGGGGUUUCCCAGACGGUUGGGCUUGUUGCCUGUGAGGUUUUAUGCUCUGAGGCCGGUCGAUUGA